GUGUGUGUGUGUUUUUUUUCUGCCCUGCUACAUGCUGCUUUACUCCGUACUGGGCUGCUUCCAGUCUGCUACUUUGCCCGUAUUGCCUUGGUGUGCGCAUUGCAACAAUUGUCUGGUCUUGUCCCCAUCUCUAUCCCCUUCCCCUCCACCCCUCCUCUCUCUCGCACACUACCUUACUUUGUACGGAUACCUACCCAUUUCGUACCUGGGCUGUUCCCAAGCCUCAUCCGCACCCCAAUCGUACCUCAUCUUUCAUUAGUGAUUUGAGUCCAGCCGACCCGUCCGCCUCUUCCACUUUUGCUUCUGCGCCGCGCGGAGCUUUGUCACCAG